AUGAUGGGUGGAGUUACCUACAUCGCCGCAGGAGGUAAAGCAACAUUCCUUGAAGCGUUUUUCGUCACUUUCAAUCUUGUCGCCAACCUGACAAUGAGCGAAAUGCCGAGUGAUUUGAACCAUGUUCUCACUCUCAUCUACAUAUUCGUCUUCGUCACUUUUGGAGUGGCUGUGUUGUCCAUGUGCGCAGAGUUGGCCGCGCUCGAGCUGAAAGAUAUCUUCCUGAAAAUUCACUACUUCGGUAGGAAAUCAAAUUCAAACGCAAGCCGAAAAAGGAACUAG